UUCCAUUUGCAAAUGGCCAUGUCUGCUAAUGUUCAUCUUCUCAUUUGGAUAACCCAUUUUUAAGGAAUUUAUAUGAAUGGUAUAGACCAAUUCAAGCAUUUUUGAAGGAUACAUUUUCAAGAAUGGGAAGGGUAAAGCUGAAGAUACAGAGACUCGAAAGCCUCAGUAGCCGGCAGGUUACUUACGGCAAAAGACGAGCUGGGAUCUUGAAAAAAGCCCAAGAGAUUUCGGUUUUGUGUGACAUUGAUAUUAUCCUCAUUAUGUUUUCUCCUACUGGCAAACCUUCGAUUUUUCGCGGUCAACGAAGCAAUAUUGAUGAAAUGAUUGCGAAAUACGCUCAGCUUACACCAAAAGAACGCGCGAAAAGAAGGUUGGAGAGUCUUGAGACUUUGAAGAGGAACUUCAAGAAGCUCGACCAAGAUGUGGAUAUCGAAGAGUUUCUUGAUGAAAGUUCUCCAUCGAUUGAGGAAAUGCACAACCGAGUACGAAUGCUGAAAAACCAAAUUGGCGAAGUACACGAAAGAGUCAACUGGUGGAUUAAUCCAGACAAAAUCGAAGAUAUCGAGCAUCUUAAUCAGAUGGAAAACUCUCUUAGCGAGACACUUAACAGGACUCGCAUGCUUAAGGAUCGGUGUUUGAAGGACUCGCUCGGCCCAUACGACUGCACAAGCCAGGUGUGUGGAGAUUUUGGAACAGUUUACAAGCCAGUUAUUACUGAGUUCCAAAACGAACUGCAUUUUCCAUUACCGAUCACAAAUAGUGAUCGGCAUAUUAUACUCCCGAACGAAUCACAUUUCUUGGCUAAUCGAGACGUGGACUGCUCGAAAGAGGUGCAUUUCUCAACCGGCCAAAGUUACUUUAAAGAGGUAAAAGAACACGAUUUCGAAAGCCAAAGACAAGAAGGAAUUACUGUCGAUGAUUAUACGUGUUCGGCUCAGUUAAGACUUCCAUUAGGAGAACAAUUUACUUACCACUCGUUCGGAAAUUUGAGCUUCCCUGACCUGACGGAGCCCGUAAAGGAGGAGAAUUUCCAGCCGAGCCUUAUCGACUAUCAGUUGACUGGAAGCUUUGACCUCUCGAGACCGGUUUACAACAAUUUCCCGAAUAAUUUGGUUCCAACAUCCGGUUCUUGCGCGAUUUCUAUGCUAAACGAGCACGCUUAUCCACAGACUAACUGUUAG